AUGCUACCGCCAGACGAGUGUCACAACCCUCAAAGCGGUCUCCUAUUACUCCCCACCGAGAUACGCUGCCACAUCUACGGCUACCUUCUGGCUGAUUCACAGGCAAUCACCAUUGGCGCAGCAUACGUUACCAUUUUCGGUCACCGCAUCCAAGAUCGUGCACGCAAAGACAUCCCAGGUCUUCCUCUGGACCUCACGCCAGUCAUCCGAUGCAACCGCGACGACUCUCUGCUCUCAUUCCAGCAUCCACCCACGAUUGCAAUUGACGAUGCCCCGCUGGAAAAGAUCGAUACUGGGCCGUUGGCCUACCCCGCCCCAUUGGCAUUACUACAAACCUGUCAUCUCAUCCACGACGAGUUGAAUGACUACAAGAACAUGAGGAGCACAAAAAAGCCGGCGCAGGCUCCGCUACCCACGAAAUGGAUACAGCUGAACAAACCCAACGAGGCCGAAGAGGGCUUGUCGCUAUACCUCUCCUACCCUUACGGCCUUGUCGUGCUCAAAAGCAUGUACCCGUUCCUGCUCAAGCAGGCAAGAAACGUACACAUAUCAGGAUACUACACCGAACCACCCGCGCCUACACCACCCGCAGUCGACGAUGAGACUAUUGUCGACUACUUUGCCCCCUCACUUGACAUUGCCAGAUCCUUUGGCACACCGUACCCGUCGGUACAAUUCCUACGCGAGGGCGCUCGCCCCACGUCCCCAGCGCUAUCCACCACCGCUCCACGCACGCGACUCCGUCUCCGACUCCCAACAGCAGCCUCUAGAUACAAUUCGGCACCGUCUCCAUUCAUCUAUCCCCCGUAUCCAUCCAGCACCGCCGACCACGCCCCGCAUGCCCUCCGCUGCCUCUUCCGCACCCUCUUCUCCCCCGAAGCGACCCAGCCCGUCAAAGUCUCGGCCCGCAUCCUGUAUCCGGGCGAAAAUACCUAUCGACAUGUCUUCUGUAGCGAGGACAGCCCCAUUGUCAAUAUGCUGCCCAGUAUUUGCAAAGGCGAUAUUGCCAUGUUGGUGCUGCGCGCGGAUGCGUGUACGGCGAUAUGCUUUGAGGCGAGUGCCAAGGCCGAGGGCAGGUGUUGCGUCGUUCUCCAUGGGAAUCACCUCCUCUUUGCACAAAGGGGCCCCCGCCCUCACUUUCCCACAUCAGAGUCCCAACAACACAAUUGCGAGUCCCUCUCAUACCCACUAGACCCAGUCGUCCAUCUCCUAUUCAAAAUCCUUUCUCUUAAAAGCAAUGCCUCAACCCCCAUUCCAACAUCCACGCUCCUCACAACUCCCACUCCUCGAAACAUACGCAACGGCACAUCGCUACCACCUACAUGCCAAAGCCAAGCCGACCCCCCAAAGGCGACAACGACGAUACCAAACCCCCAACACAAUAAACAUAGUGUCCGCAGAAAACAAUCCCCUAACCCCCAAUGCUCGCGAGAGCGAGAACGCAACCUAGCAUCCUACGUUGCUGCCCCGUUUGCUGAAACACGGCGGGAGCGGUUGUGGUUGGCUGGUUUUUGUUCCGCGACGGCGUGGUGUGUCAGAUCAUGUUAG